CUAGUGACUGACAGCAAGUGUUUGUGUUUAUGGGUUUUCUAGAGAGAAUUUAUAAACAUUUUUUUACCGAGAUAAUAGGCGUUAGACUAUGCUACAAUAACCUACUUUAAUCUUUCCCUUGCCUCAAGACUUUAAAUCAUCACGAUGCAUUUCUCUAUCCCCGAUUGUCAGGAAUUGAAGGAAGAUAGUAGUUCCUCAUCUUACACGGGAUACAAUAUUCACAUAAAUGGAUUAUAUCAUUGCACAGUUAGAUACAGACAGCUGCACAACCUUCAUGAGCAACUUAAGAGGAUUCACGAUCCUCCUAAUGUCCCUGUGUUCCCUCCAAAAAAGUUUUUACCAUUGUCCUCUCACCAAUUAGAGGAAAGACGAUGUCACUUGGAAAAAUAUAUUCAAAUCGUUGGACAAACACCUCAUCUUGCAAACACCGAUGUCUUCACUGGGUUUUUACUAUCAGCACAACUUGAAUCCAGUGGAGAAAAAAACAAGGAGAUAUCAUUGGAAGUUUUCUUAAUGAAUAACCUAAAGCUUACCGUAACAUGUAAUGUGAACGAAAGUUCAAGUCAGAUACUGGAGAAAAUAUGUGGGAAACUUAGUUUACCAAUUACAUACAUGUACUACUUCGCCCUCUUCCUGAUAAAUCGAGAUGAUGACGGAGAUAUAACAAUUUUACGUAAGCUACAAGACUUUGAAUCACCCUACAUAUCACAAAAGACUUAUAAGGAUCCCACUACACUAGUUAUCAGAAAAAGUUACUGGGACCCUGUAUAUGAUGAAGAGUUGAUGGGAGAUAAGAUAGCUUUGAACCUCCUGUACACACAGACACUGGCUGAGAUGGAGAGAGGCUGGAUAUUGUGUACCAGGGACACCCAGGCUCAGCUGGCAUCUCUGCAGGCUAGAGGAGCUAAGAAACAGUACUUGGAGAUUGCCAGAAACCUCAAGUACUAUGGCUACACACAGUUCCUGCCCUGCACAUGUAACUACCCAGACCCAGGCACAGCAUGUGUGGUGAGCGCAGGAUACAAGGAGUUGUGUCUCCGGGUCAAGCUAGACGGUGGCGACACUCGGGAAGGAGCGUUCAAGGUCACACGCAUGAAGUGCUGGCGAAUCACCAUACACAAUGACACUGAGGAGCCACAGUUGGAACUGUCGUUUGAGUACCUGAUUGCCAAGGAGCAACUUCAGUGGAUCAGAAUCUUCAGUGACCAAGCCAUUUUGAUGUCUGUGUGUCUGCAAUCCAUGGUUGACGAAUUGUUGCUGAAGAAAGUGGGUGCUAAGAUCAAACAGCCCACCAUAAAAGCCAAGAACGGAUGCUACAACUAUAUGAAGAGAGACGGUAGCAAUCAUCAGAUCAGUGUUAGCCAGUCCAGUUCAUUUGACUGCCUCACCAGUCCAACUAAUGGCCAUGCCAAUUCUCCAACGAGGAGUAAUGAACCGUCAUUAUCCAUGAGGAAAUUGUCGGAAAAGCUUACCUCGGUAAGUCUGAAGAACAAGACUCAGCCGUUGGUGGAGAAUGAUGCUUUUGAGGGCAUCGGAGAUGAGGAUCUUUAAUCUCUAGAUAAUUCUCUUGCUCAUUCUUAUGCAUUUACUUUACAUUGACUAUACAGUAAAACUCUUUGCAGUUUUUUUCAAGACCAAUAAUGAAUGCUCACUUUCCUACAAAUGCAAACCUUCCUCUCCAUUUUAUUUGGCGUUUUUCUAUGCCAUUGGAAUUUUUUACUUUUUUGUAAGGAAAAACAGUGUAAACUCUGGUUUUGUUACUCUACUUUUUGUUUGGUAGCUUCAUCAAUUAAAAUUAAAAGCCUGAUUGUAAAUUGCAUCUGGGUACUUUUCUUUAAAAUAUUUUACACAAUGCACUUGAUUACUGCUUUACAGCUAAAAGAGCUGUUUUGGUGAUUUGGAAAUAAAGUGAAAUGCCUUUUUAUAUAGAUUUUGCACAACAUUUUUAAACAUCAUUAAUGUCAAUAGCCUCAAUUUGUAUUUGGUUACAUUCAGUGGUUUAUUAGAAAAGAAACACUAGUUUUUUUCUUAAUUUCUUUAAAUUCUUUUAAAAUCUCUUCCCCUGUUUCUUGACAAGCAAUCUCAGGAUGUUAUACAACCCCUAUUUAAGGCAGUAACUUUAUUAACCCUGCAAUCAAUAUAUAUUUGUUUUAAAAUUAUUCAUAUGGAAAAUUAUAAGUCUAUGGAUAUUGUUACAUUUUCUGUCAAUUCUAGGAUGUCUUGUGUAACGUGUUUAUGAAAGAAUAAAUUGGAACUCUUUUUAUUUUCAUCAAACUGGAACCAACUAAAAUUCACUUGAAAUUAAUUAACUUUUUUAGUCUGGAAUAUUAGUUUAUUAAUAAUUGUCAGAUAAAACCCCAAGACACACUUUGACUGUCUGUUGUUUUAAUACACCGUUUGUCAUGAAUUAUAUGAUUAGUCUGUAAUGGUUUCUAUAUAGUUUCAAAACUGACCUGACACCAAUAAAUAAUUUGUAACCAAUAAAUAUCUGCGCAACAACUGCACCAGUCCUCUACACCUCCUUGAUGGGUAAUAUUCGUGCAUUAAAAAAGAUUUUUAAGGAAGGUUUGAUGAGCAUUUUAAUUAUUUUAUAAUAUUUCUUUUAAUUAAAAAAAUACCCCUUUGACGUUACGUUGAAAACUGUUUACAUGGUUAGAAGAUCUUACUUUUGUACAUACUGUAUUUUAUUUAAGAGUUUAUACUAUAUGAGAAUAUAUUUUUGUUACUCCUAUUUAUACAUUGUUUGUAAGAUUAUGUUAAUGUUUAUUAAUAAAUUGUAACCCCAGUAGGCUAAGGAACUCAAUAUGAUUUAUGUAUGGGAAAAAUCAUAAAUAUUUUAAUAGAACUGCUGCCUACUCACUAGAAACUCUUUUUAUAGCUUAAUGGACAUAUCACGUUUCUUUUAACUAGAUAGAUAGGUAAAAAAAUCAAUAUCGAGAACAAGAUAGUGGAUGAUUCUGACAUGAUAAUAACCUUCUACUGCAGUGUUACUGUAUACUCAACCAAGGAGAAUUAGCUCACUUAAAUACACCUAUACUGAAUUUGCUAAUUAUUCAAAACAGUUUGCAUGAGUUAAACUAUACAACAUUUAUUUUCAAAAUAAUUUUUAAAACUAAUACAGUAAAAUAAAAUAUCAGAUAGUUAAAAGAAAGUUUCUGGUUCACCUAUAUUAAUCAAAUACUUAUUUAUUUAAAAAUUUAGUGGCUACUCUCUCCUUUUUGUAGAAUGAUAUUGAUUUCCUAUGCAUUUGAAAUAAUCUCAUGCACAAAGAUCCUAAAAACAUUUUAUACUAUUAUUAUAUCCAUAAUUUUAAGAUGUAUAACGUAAUAGUUGCAUGGACAAUGUUAGACACAGUAACUAAUGUAGCAUGUUUUCUUGUGUUGCCAAAAUAUUGCAGCAAGAUAAAAUAAAAUUGAAAUUAUUAAUAAAUUAAUAAUUAACUCUAUAGAAAUGUGAUAUUUUUUGCUAUCUUUUCAAGCAGUGCAAAUUAAGAUUUUUGCAUAAAUAGCAAUCUUGUUUUAAGCACAAUUUAAAACCAAUAACCAUCAAUACUCAUUUAAAAUUACAGUAGAUACAAUAUUUGUAUUCAAGAUACAGUACUAUUUAUAAGUCGUGAAAAAUAGUUUUAAACUCAAGCAAUACAGUUGCUGCAAUAAAUGUAUAAAUGAGGUCCAAAAUUAAUCUAAUACUACAAGAAUAUCAUAACAACUUAUUUGAAAAUAGUAUGACAUAGUGAGUAUUUUCGAUUGUUAGUAAGAAAGAAAUGUUUGCACAACUUAAAACAGAAUGGUCAACAAGUUUUAGAACCAAAAAACAAUAAUUUAUAUUAAUGAAAGAUUUGCAUGAUGACACAUACAGGGCGUCACCCUGUAUAAAAGUAACUUUUUUUAAAAGAUUCUUCUAUUCUGGCUUGUACCCUUCUUAGAUAAUUUUAUUCAGAUAUAAGAAAUAAAAUGUUACAGCACAAUGGUAUUGUUCAUAUUUUUUAUAAAUCAGCAUUCAACAUGACGUGGUUUAUGACUUGGGAAAUGGGACUUUAUGGUUUGGAUUCAAAGAACCAUAUUCUAAACUGUGUUAAAACAGUUGAAAAAGUAAGAUGAUCAAAAUACAAUUAGGAUGUUUAUUAGAUUAGUAACUAUUUAGUCACAUUUUGUUUAUAUUAUUCUGUUGCAGUUUUACAUUACCAUCCCACCUGGUUAGAUGGAGUUAGUUUUUCUUUGAAUAUGUUUUUGGUUAAAAUGUUUUACAAUGAUAAAUCAGCUAGUAAGUCAUAAUGUAUUAAACAUUGCUAUUAUCUUUGAGGGCAAUCAAGUGUUGGUGCUGAAGAAUUAUAAGGUGUUAAUUUAAAGUGUUUGAAAACUUCUUGUUGGCAAUAUGUUAGGCACAUCAAAUGGUUAGAUGAUAAAAGUAAUUUGUUGUGCCAAAUGUUAAAUGUUUGAUAUGAUGUGUUGUAAUUGAGUCCAAUCUUUUGUAUGAUAUUAUAAAUAUCACCUGAUAUAUUAAAGAACUGUUUAUAUUGAAA